CACACUGUUUGACCUGGAACAAAAUUUGGACAACAGUUACUAAAUUGUUAUUGAACAGAUUUUGCUCAAAGACUUUGAAAUACCCACUUCAACCGUGUGCUUUGGAAAAUGGUAUUCAUAUAUUUCUGUUUAUCAGUGGUUAGGUUUAAUUCUGAGCAAAGAAGUUAGAUGGACAAUUAAAUGGAUAAAAUGACAUACAUGUAGCUGUGGUCACACAGCAGCUACUUCACAAACACAGUAGAAUUUUGUCCGGAAGAAAAGAGUUUGAGAAUAUUGUUUGCUUUCUAUAGAUAGGCGCUUGGUAUAAAUGAAUGUUACUUUGUGUUUAAAAUGUGAUUUUGCAAGUCUAUUUUGGCAACUUUUUAACACAAGAAAAACUUAAUUAUUCUGAAAUUUCAAGUGCCUGAAAAUGAAAUAUGGAAAGGGCAUUAAUUUGAACCUGUCUGAAAAUGUUAGCAGCUCACUUUAUGGGGUGUUUUCUUUCUUUUUAUCUGUUUUAUGAUAUAUUUUUAAAUGCCAAAAUAGACUCGAUUUGUUGUUGAUAUGAUUAAUUGUUUUCCCCCUGUAGAGACACCACAGAAGUGGGAGAUCUUCUCUAUGACUGGAUAUCUCUCGUCGCACCAGGAAUUUAUCGCGUUUUAUCAUUUAAGGCAAACUGCGCACAAUGCAGUUUUAUACAUUAUAGAAGUUUAGGUUCAUGUUAGGUCAUAAUAAAAAUUAAUAUCGCGAUCAGAGGAGAAAUAAAUGCAGGAUAAAAACAACGAGGUUAGAAACAGGUUCAAGUCUAAAUAUCACCCUGAAGAGUUUGAGAGAAGGCAAGAUGAGGUACGACAUGCAUUGAAGCGAAGGUGUGACGUGUUCUUUGAGUUGAUGAAGAAAGGCUACAUGGAUUGUGUUACAUGCGAUACUGAGAAUCAUGAUGUUAUUGUAAAACUGCUAGAUGCAGCUGUGAUACUGAUGGAAGGAGGAGAUGAAGAAGACAUGAAGGUUCUGGAAGAAUCUGAUGAUGAAAUGGACGCCAGCAGGAGCCGCAACAACUCAGAGAGUGUUGAUAAAACGUCUAGUCCAGAGAAGAAGAAAGAGUCUUCUAAGGAUGGCAAAGAGACACCGCCUGAUAAACCAUUAGAAAUCACCAUCAGCGCUGAACAAAAAGAACUUGCUAAGAAAGCUCAAGAAUUUUCCAAGAAGCAACAAGAGGCUCAGAAUGGCAGUGAAGAUGAGCCUAAAGAGGAGCAGAAACCUAAAAAGAAGAAAAGGCACAGGGACAAGCAGGAGUACAGCUACGAGAGUGGAUCAGAGUCUGAAAGUAGUUCUGGCAGUAGUUCUGACAGCGAGCCCGAACCUGCACCUCCAGGAAUGGAGGAUGAGCCCCCACCUCCUGGUAUAGAUGAAGAAAAGGAAUCUGACAAGAAAGAAGAAACUAAGAGAAAAAAUGGUAGGAAGUUAAAAGAUGAAGAGAAGGAUGAAGAUACUAAGGAAAGAAAGAAGGAUGAAGAAAGAGAUCGUGAAUCUCCACCAAGAGAACAUAGGAGGAGAAUGUUACAUAAAACUUGUUCUAUAUUUCUCAGAAAUCUAGCACCAUCUAUCACUAAACAAGAGGUUGAAGCUGUGUGUAAGCGCUACCCAGGUUUCAUACGUGUUGCGUUACAAGAUCCACAACCAGAGAGAAGAUUUUUGAGACGUGGCUGGGUUACUUUUGAUAAAAACGUCAACAUAAAAGAGAUUUGUUGGAACUUAAAUAAUAUUCGGUUACGAGACUGUGAUUUAGGAGCUACAUUGAACCGUGAACUGAAACAGAGAGUGAGGCCUGUAAGUGGAAUUACAGCCCAUAAAAUUCCAGUGAAACAAGAUAUCAAACUGGCUGCCAAAAUUAUUCAGAACUUUGACGAUAAAUGGAGAAUCUGGGACGACCCUGACUCUGAGAAGAAAGAUAGUGAGAAAGAGUUUACCUUGACAGUAAAGAAUCCUGUAUUAAAGAACAUCACAGAUUACCUGGUGGAUGAAGGUAGUUUUGAAGAGGAAGAAUUGCUUGGUAUGUCUGCAGAAGAAGGAGAAACAGAAACUGAACCAGAGAUUCAGAUAGAAAGAGAUGAAACUCUCCUCAAGGUGUUAGAUACGAUGAUCCUGUAUUUGAGAAUUGUACAUUCCAUAGAUUAUUACAGUGCUAAUGAAUAUCCUAAUGAGGACGAGAUGCCACAUAGGUGUGGUAUCAUGCAUGCUAGAGGGGCUCCACCUAGUACCAAAACUACAAAGAAAGAUUUGGAUGACUGGAUCAAAAAUUUUGAGACUAAAGUGAAGCCAUUUGUUGAUUUGCAAGAUAAAUUAGAUGGUGAACAAGCCAAGAAGAUGGGCAAGAAAGACCCAGAGGCUGAAGUGGAGAAAUUUGUGACAGCCAACACACAGGAGUUAGCAAAGGAUAAAUGGUUGUGUCCCUUGUCUGGGAAGAAAUUUAAGGGUCCAGAAUUUGUGAGGAAGCACAUCUUCAACAAGCAUGGUGAAAAGGUGGAGGAAGUCAAACAAGAGGUAGCCUUUUUCAACAACUACCUCGUGGAUCCAAAGCGACCUUCACUUCCUGAACACCCUGGUAACAAGACAGCUGGCGGUCCUCCGCCAGGGCCACAGGGUCAGCAGUAUCCUAACCCUGGUGGUUACGGAGGUCCCCCUCACAUGGGCUAUAACUCCCACAGGGGUGGAGGUGGGCCGCAUAUGAUGAGAGGAGGUUACGGAGGUAAUCACUAUUACCAGCAACCGUAUUCACGCAGGGAACCAAGAGAACAGUAUAACAAUAGGGAGAGAGAGGAACAGCCGAGGAGACAAAACUCAUAUUCUAGACCCUUCAGCCGUGGUUCAGAUCCGAGGAGAAUUAUAGAGUACAGAGAUCUUGAUGCACCGGAAGAUGUCGACUUUCUGUGAACAUUGUUAACCUAGAGACACAUCAGGGACAUCAUGUGCAUUUUCCACUGCCGUCAGACAUUUUGUACAUAUUGAUCUUAUUGUGUUGUUUUUUUUUAAAUAUGGGGAUCAUAUUUUUUCAAGGGGUCAUCAUUCAUUGCUGGUAUAUAUUCUUCAUCAUAAAAGUUAUUUUCGUCAUACCUUGUCACUUACACGAUAAAAACAACAUGACCUUGUGUUUUUUCAGAAGAAUAAUAAAAUCUCAAGUUUAAUAUUUUAAGAAACAGAAAAAUACUGAUAUAUCAUUGAUGUUUUUUUUUUUUCAACCUUAUGGUCAUAUUUUGUAUAUAGUUUUAUUGAACAGAUUUUUAACACUAAAACCAGUCUGUAACAAUGACGUUAUAAUUAAGAUGAAUUUUUUGUGUACAGAUGUACAGGGUUUGUGCCGUAUUGUCACUAUCUGCUCCACUAUUUCUGCUACAGAAUCAUGAGAAAAAUACAGCUUCAGUCAAUAG